AACUAUAACGACGACGAGGACGAGGUCGAUGUCGAUGUCAACAGUGUUUUAAAUAAUUUAAAGAAGUGAGGUUUUGAUCUCGGUAGUGUAUAAGCUGCUUGUUGUAGCCAGUGCAUAGUGAUAUGGUUUUGCGUUAGUAAAUUUUUAGGUAUUUUUGAAGGUGUAUAUAUACAAAAUCUGGUGUAGAAGAAGAAUAAAAAGAAAGAUAGUCGGAUAAAAUAAAGAAGAAUUUGAUUGUUUAAUUCAUAGUUCCAUAGUUGUGUUUUUAAAAAGAAGGGUGUGAAGUGGAAAGAAGAGAGUUUAAGGAUAACCUUCGCGCGGAUGUUCGGCUCGCGCAUGGCAUCAUCCCUUACCGUGAGAGUGAGUGAGAAAGAUAGAGACAGACAGACAGACAGAGUGUGAGUGAGAGAAACAGAGUGAGAGGGAGGCCCCCGACACACGACGAUGACCGACAACCAAGAGCAGCAAACGCGCGAAACCGCGAUAAGCAACGUCGAAACCGAGUACCUGGAGAUCACCUCGAAGGAAGCUUGGCCGAUACUUUAUCAGCAUAUAAGAAAUGAAUGCGGCAAUUAUGGAUAUACCUUUAACGAAUCUAAAAAACGACAAAAUAGGAACUUGAAUCGUUACAGAGAUGUGUCUCCUUACGAUCAUACAAGAAUCGUUCUUAAAAGGGGCCCAUGUGAUUACAUUAAUGCCAAUCUUAUACAGGUUGAUCGUGCACAUAGACAAUAUAUUUUAACUCAAGGACCACUGCCAUCUACCGCUGGUCAUUUCUGGCUAAUGGUAUGGGAACAAAAUAGUAAAGCUGUAUUAAUGUUAAAUAAGAUUAUAGAAAAAGAUCAUGUCAAGUGUCAUCAAUAUUGGCCAUUGGAUAGUACGGAAAGUACCAUGGAUUUCCCAGAUGUUGGUCUUAAAGUAGAAUACAUUAGUAAAACGGAGACCCCAGAUUAUACUACAAGAACAUUACGAAUAACAGAUUUGGAAACAUUGGAAAGCAGAGAUAUUUUACACUUUCAUUAUAUAACUUGGCCUGAUUUUGGCGUGCCUCAAAGUCCUACAGCCUUUUUACAUUUUUUAUCAGAUGUUAGACAAUCAGGAGUAUUAAAUCAAAACGUUGGACCACCUGUUGUUCAUUGUUCAGCUGGUAUUGGAAGAUCCGGAACAUUUUGUUUAGUAGAUACAUGCCUUGUUUUAAUAGAAGAGAAUGGUUUGAAUUCGGUUAAUGUACGUGACGUUUUGAUGGAAAUGAGAAAAUCCAGAAUGGGUUUAAUACAAACACCAGAACAAUUACGAUUUUCCUACGCUGCCAUUAUUGAAGGAGCUAAACAAUUGCCAUCUAAUAACGUGAACGUUGACAACAAUGAAAUAGUAACAAAUCAUUAUGAUGUUGUUAACAACAUCAAUAACUCAUCAAUAGAGGAAGAAGAUGAACCUCCACCUUUGCCACCACCUAGAGGAGAAUCUUUACAACGUAGCAAGAUAGCAGAAUUAACUGCCAAUACAAAUACAACAAAUGAUGAAUUAGGUGGACCACCGGAUAAACCAUUGCCUAGGGAACCAUCAACGUGUACGCAACCAUCUACAAGUCCUCCCCCAACAAAUUCUACAUCAAUUACAAACAAAAUUCACGAACAGAAUUCCGAUGGUGCUGUAUCUUCAGCUGACAUUGUCAACGAUAGUGAAACAUCUUUUCAUCCUAACAGCCCUCCGUCCAGUCCCGAUGCAAAAAGUGAAUUACGUCAACGCAAUCUUGAUAAGAAGGAACGACUGGCUGCACAAGUUCGUGAGAUGAAACGUCGGCAAAAGGAAGUUGAAGAAUGGCAAAAACUCAAGAGGUCAUUAUUUAAGCCCCUUACAAUAGGCAUAGGUGCAGCAAUUGUUGGUGGGGGUGUUUUAGCACUUGUUAGCUAUUUGUAUAUGCGUGGUUAGGAUUGAUAGGAUUACAAAGUGGGGUAUCACUGUAGAGAUAUAUAUAUAUAUAUAUAUAUAUAUAUGUGUAUGUAUAUAUAUCUAUAUGUAUAUAUAUAUAUAUAUAUGAUGUGAUACUAAUUAACGAUGCACGUAUUUUGAGAAAAUCCUUGCAACUCUUCUCAACUCAAGAUUUUCAUAUCUUGAUUCUUAUAUUAUUAUUAUUCUCUUUUUAAAUACCUUAGCUAAUUAGAAAAGAGAAUCGUGUGAGGAGGAGGAGAAAAAAAAAGGAAGUUAAACAAUCAUGAUAAAACAGGAUGAUCAAUCUGUUUAUAUUUAAAAAAAAAAAAA